GAGUAUGAAUAAUAAGAACUAUUCCCCUAACUUCUCUUGUAUCUUUCCCUCUCUAAUAUUCUCCUGUAGUUGUUUACAUUUUCAAUUAGUUUUAUAACACGUUAUUAGCACGAGACUCUUUCUUUUGAAAAAGUUAAAUCCACAAUUGUUCUGCUCAAGGUAUGUCGAUUCUCCCAAAUUUUUUAUUUUAUUGUCCUAUUUCAAUUUACAUAAUUUCCUUUAUUAAUCAACACAUGAAAUCUUUGUUUGAGAAUGCAAAGGUAUAAUUUCCUUCUUAAUAAUUUUUUUAGCAAGUCAUGAUCAUUUAUACUUCGUAGUAGUAGUAUAAAAAUCUCAAUAUAUUUUGCCUUUAUAAUUUUUUUUAUUUUGAAAUUCGAAUUUAUUUAUAUAUUUGUAAAAAUAUCAAAUUGAUAUAUCAUGGGUCACAUAAGUCGUUUGUCUUGAUAGUAAUCUAUAUUUAUUUAUUGAAUUUUGACUUUAAUUUGUGUAUAUUUUUAUGAUAGUAUGUCGAAUCUUUCAAAACUUGAGUUUGUGGCUCUUGAUGUCACUGGAAAGAAUUACCUAUCAUGGGUGCUAGAUGCUGAAAUUCAUUUAGCUGCCAACGGUCUUGGAGACACGAUCAAAGAGGGCAAUGAAGCAUCAGAUCAAGACAAAGCUAAAGCAAUGAUCUUUCUUCGACGUCACCUCCAUGAGGGAUUGAAGAAUGAGUAUCUUACGGUCAAAGAUCCACUUAUUAUGUGGACUAAUUUGAAGGAGCGGUAUGACCACCAAAAAACUGUGAUUCUUCAUAAGGCUCGUUAUGAUUGGAUGCAUUUGAGGUUACAAGAUUUUAAAUCUGUGAGUGAUUAUAAUUCGGAGCUAUUCAAAAUAACCUCACAACUACUGUUAUGUGGAGAAAAUAUUACUGAUGAAGAUAUGUUGGAAAAAAUAUUCUCCACUUUUCAUGCAUCCAAUGUGCUCCUGCAGCAGCAAUACCGUGAGAAAGGUUUCAAGAAAUAUUCUGAGCUGAUUUCUUGUCUCCUUGUUGCUGAACAAAAUAAUGUGUUCCUAAUGAAAAAUCACCAAUCUCGUCCUACUGGUGCCGCCCCAUUCCCAGAAGCGAAUGCGGCGACGUUCACCCAAUAUCCUUAUGGGAAAAUACAUGGACGUUGACAUGGACGAGGAUGUGGGCGUGGUCAUGCUCAUGCUCGAGGCCGUGGCCGAGAUCUUGGCCGUGGUGAAAGUUCCAAAAGCUCAUUUUUCCCCAGAAGUGGAAAAAAUGAUGGUAGAAGAAGCAAGGAACAAAGUGUUCAUGGUAACAAACACGUCGAAAAUGUGUGUUACUGUUGUGGUGGAAAAGGUCAUUGGUCUCGUACCUGUCGUACGCCAAAACACUUGGUUAACCUCUACCAAGAAUCAUUGAAAGGGAAGAAGAUAGAAACCAAUUGUAUUUUUGAGGAAGAUGAUUCAGGAAAAGACUAUAAUGAUGCUACUCAUCUAGAUGUGUCCGACUUCUUUGCCCACCCUGAAGGAAAAAUAGAUCACCUGAUUGGUGAUGGGAAUGUUCGCAAGUGAAAAACUUAUCAUUUCCAUUUGAAAUUUCUAUUUCGUUGUCGUUUUGUUCACACGUGAAAAGUUUAGGUUUCACAUUUGAAAUUUCCCUUUCUUUGUCGUUUUCCUUGAGUGUGUUUUUCCUAUUAAUGUGUCAGUUUAAUAUAAUUUCUCUUUAUAAUCCUUAUGUGGUUUAAUUUCAUCUAUUAUAAUCAUGUCAUUAUUUUUAUAUUUAUUUAGAGAUAAUUUCUUAUAUUGAUUUACUUUCUAUCUUUGCGAAGAAUGAAUAUUCCCAUGCUUGGCACCAAGAUCAAAAACCAUGAUGUGUGUCUUAUUGAUAGUGCAUCGACACAUACAAUCUUGAAGGAUAAGAAAUAUUUUUCUCAUCU